AUGCGAAUGCCAUGGCCAAUCGUCACCGACACGAGCAUCAGCGCACCAUACGAGAGAACUUUCCAGUUCAUCCACCCGUCUGCAGCGGAAACCCGAGGUUGGGCUGCCGCCUGCUCACGCGGGGAGCGCGUUCCCCAGGCAGAGAGGAUCUGUGUUCCCGCUGAGAAAGCGUUGCCUGGCGUCUGCCUGUGCGAAAAUUCUGGGCUCGCUGGCCCGCUGCACCCUCCGAACGCACCGCAACUCGUCGAGCGUCAGUUGUUCAACGGUACCGACGCAACUUUUGUUUUCCAAUUCCUAAAAGUUUCACCGACACACUCGGCGGCUUGCUUAAGCACGCGGUGUCUGGGCGCUACUGGGCAUCCCAUACACCAUAUAUACGCAAUGUGGUGUCUGGAUGGUAUGCUUAGGCAGUCACAAGAACGUUCCCUCUGCCUUUCAAAAUGCCGCCAAUUCAAAAUGGCCAAAAAAGGGUAA